AUGUAUUCACUUGAAGCGGAGCAGGAGGAGCAGGAGGAGGAGGGGGAUAUGGAAGUGGGGGCGGUGGUUAUGGGGGACAUGGAGGAUACGGUGGAGGGCCAGGCGGAUAUGGAGGCGGCGGAAGCUACGGAGGUCAUGGAGGUGGGGGCGGAGCAGGGGGAGGAUAUGGAGUACACAGCGGAUAUGGAGGAGGUGGCGGAUACGGUGGAGGACCGUAUGGAGGAGGCCCCUACGGCGGCGGAGGCGGCAGCGUCGGGCCCGGAAUCGGGCCAGGGCCAGGGCCCGGAGGCUACGGGGACGGGUUUUAUGGAGGUCCCGGAGGCCAGAGGCCCUUCCACACACGCUGUGACGAAGGGGAUAAUUUUCGACAGCAAUGCAACUUCCACCACUGGAUUCACAAUUAGAAUUAUCUUCCGAGCUGGAAAAAUGAAUUCUAAUAGACCACUGCCCCGCAGCCCGAAAAAUAAUUUUAGUCGUUUAAUUGUUUCAAAUUAUAUACUUCGUGUUCCAGUGGGUGUUCGUCUACGUAUUCGUCGUCAGUUCAUUCGUCGGUUCAUUUCUGUGCCUUCUCUUCCUAUAUGCGAAAGAGAAUGCGCAGAAGCUCGAGAUUUCGUGUGCCGUUCCUUCAAUUACAGAGCUUACGCUGUUCCUUUCGGUGCGGAUCGUGAAAACUGUGAACUCAGUGAUCGAGAUACGAGGGAUUUGGACAUUAAGAAUCCCUCAUAUUUUGAAACAAAUGGCGACUACGAUUUUUACGAAAGGUUUGGUGAGCGCGGCCUCGUUGGAGAAUGUCUUGAUGUAAGCCAAAUUUGCAACGAAGAUGGUAUGGAAUUCACACUUCGAACACCAGAAGGAUUUUAUGGGCGUAUUUACACCUACGGAUACUACGACAGAUGUUUCUUCCGGGGUAACGGCGGUACAGCAAACGUGCUUAGAAUAAGUGGACAGCAAGGAUAUCCAGAUUGCGGAACGCAAAGGUAUGGAGACACCAUGACAAAUAUCGUAGUGGUCCAAUUCAGUGAUUUCGUACAAACGGGCCGAGAUAAACGAUACAAUCUCACAUGUCUUUUCCGAGGCCCCGGAGAAGCUGUAGUAACCUCAGGAUACAUUGGAGCGGGCUCUGGAAGUCCAACGCCGAUUGAAGUUCUGCCAGCAGAAAAUACACUGAGUUCGAGAGUUCGUUUACUCAUUUUGUAUCAGGGUAGACCUACAACAACCAUUGCUGUUGGUGAUCCUCUUACAUUCCGACUUGAAGCUCAAGAUGCCUACAACUAUGCGACUGACAUAUUUGCAACUAACGUCAUAGCAAGAGAUCCGUACUCCGGUAGAUCCGUUCAACUAAUUGACAGAUACGGCUGUCCUGUUGACAACUACGUCUUCCCGGGUCUUGAUAGAGCUCGAUCUGGAGAUGGCCUGGAAGCUCGAUUCAAUGCCUUUAAGAUUCCUGAAUCCAACUUCUUAGUGUUCGAAGCGACGGUACGAACAUGCAGAGAUGGUUGCCAACCAGCAUAUUGUACCGGACAUGCUGGACGUAGUGAACCUUCAUUUGGAAGGAAAAAGAGAGAGACAAACGAAACAGAUUAUGACGACAAACCUGAAAAUUCCGAAAAAUCUCUUAAUGGGACAGAUGAGGAAGAGCAAGUUAGAGAAAUGAUUGAGGUUCUUGAAUCACGCAAGGACCUUCUUCCGGAAGAGAAAAUAGAACCAAUGCCACUUGCUGUAUGUCUUACAGCAAGAGAGUACUAUGGACUUGUUUCAGCAAUUAUAAUCAUUCUUAUAGUGCUUAUAAUAGUUUCUGCUAUCGCUGGUACCUGCUACAGGCGCUACUGGUCCAUGCAUGUAAAGAAUGCUGCAGCGGAUAGCACCGCUCCUCCUCCUCCUGCUGCUACGUCGUAUCCAGGUGCCAGAGGCAAUAACUUCUCAUUCCUAAUGCCAGGAAGCCAGAAAGUAUUCAGUAACAGAUGGAUGUUUGGUUAA